CGAGUAUUCUGUCCAAAAGUCCUACGACUGCAUUGAAGACGAGGAGUGUUCAUCUUCGAGCCGAUUCUCUCUGAACCCGCAACAUCUCUUCUUUAUAAUUUCCCUUCCUUCUUCUACCCCUUUCGAAACCACCGUCCUACCCACCCACAAUGUCGUACCAAAACGGCAACACCAUCGACGAGGACGAUCAGCUUGAGGAGGAGCUCGUUCAGGACUACCGAGAACAGAUCCAAUACAACGAGGGUGAAGACAUUGAACGAACAGAAUCCCUCAGCGGCCCUGCGGACAUACGUGCUCAGUUAGAGGCAGCGGCGGCCCCUCUUGAAUAUCAAGCGUCCCUGGAGACCAAGUUCGCUUCAUACGACAACUAUUGCAGUCUCUUCCACUACAUCCUGAAUUCCGAUGGACCGGUCGACAUCGAGCAACCUUCCUACUACUGGGCCUGGGACGUGAUUGACGAGUUCAUCUACCAGUUUGAGUCGUUCUGCAGAUAUCGAAACCGCGUCGCACGGACGGCACCGAACGAAGAGGAGGCACAGGUCCUCAGAGAAAACCCCAACACAUGGGGUUGCUACUCGGUCCUCAACGUCCUGUACUCCCUGAUCCAACGUUCUCAGAUCAACGAGCAACUCGCGGCGCAGAAGCGAAAUGAAGACCCAAACACCGUCGCCGGGGAGUACGGCUCACGACCACUCUACCGCAUGUUGGGAUACUUUUCCAUCAUCGGCCUGCUGCGUGUCCACUGCUUGUUGGGCGACUUUAGCCUCGCCCUCAAGACGCUGGACGACAUCGAGAUGAACAAGAAGGCGAUGUUUGCCCGCGUCAUGGCCGCCCACCUCAACACCUACUACUACGUCGGUUUCUCGUACAUGAUGCUCCGUCGCUACGCCGACGCCGUCCGGAUGUUCAGCCACAUUCUCGUUUAUGUUUCCAGGACCAAGAACUUCCAAAAGGGCAACCAACAAUUCGACGCCAUUGCCAAGAAGACUGAGCAAAUGUACGCUCUCAUCGCCAUUUGCGUCUCCUUCGCCCCCACCCGUCUCGACGACACCAUCCACACUGCCUUGCGCGAGAAGUACGGCGAGAAGUUUGCAAAACUCCAGCGCGGCGGUCCAGAUUCUCUCCCCGUGUACAAGGAACUCUUCCAGUCUGCGUGCCCCAAGUUCAUCACCCCGACUCCCCCUGACUUUGACAACCCGUCACUCAACAUUGACCCCGUCGAGCACCACACCGACAUCUUCAUGGAUGAGGUCAAGAACACCCUGUUCAACCCGACCGUAAAGUCUUACUUGAAACUCUACACCACCAUGGACUUGAAGAAGCUGUCCAGCUUCCUCGAGGUCGAACCCGAGAAGCUCCGUAGCUGGCUGCUCGUCAACAAGCAGCGAAGCAGACAGAUUCGCUGGACCGAAGGUGGCCUGUUGGACGGCGAGACUGUUAAUGGCAGUGAACUCGACUACGCCAUCGAGGGCGACUUGAUCCACAUCAGCGAGGCCAAGCAGGGACGGAGACUGGUCGACUGGUACUUGAGAAAUCUUGCCAGGUCUUAUUAAGUCUGAGCUCGAGUUUGAGUUCAAUGAAGCAUUGUGACCUUUAUUUGUCAGGACAAGGGAAGAAGAGGUUAUGACUUGCAUGCGAGUGAAAUGUGCCUGAAUGGACUCGGUCUUGUGCCGACAUGGGGGAAAUUCAGGAACUCAAAAAAGGAAAAUCGUGAGCCCAAUACGCGCAUCACAAGGUUUCAAUAUCCAUUAUGCGUGUCCCUCUCUCAAGAGGGAGACUUGCCUGGAUUCUUUGAGCCCCGCCGAGGGGGUUGAACGAAAGGAGAAGAGUAAAGGAAAGCGAGAGCCAAGGACCCAGCAAACGUGCCAGAAAUGACGAGGUGUGUCGGACGAGAGAAUAUCGCACAUCCAAUGUACUUUCACGGCUGCUUGGCCGGCUAUGUCUCGUAUCUAGACAAGCUUGCGAGCACUGCGCAUCGGGCGAGUGCUUCCGAGCUAAGAUGUAGAAGGACAGACAG